CAACAUUCCCACACAGCAAUUGCAACAACAUGUCGCCAUGGGCUCCAGAACCGCCCUGGCACCAACUCCACUCCCACCACGACGUAACCGCUUACUACCAUCGCCAAUACGAUGAGUGCGUACGAGCGGGCACAUGUACCCCAUUUACAUAUCCAUUCGCCUCGCUGGGCACUUUGGUGGCCAUAUUGUAUCUUCUGAUUCCGCACCGCGACCGGCCGUGGUUGCGCCGUGCCAGGUUCCUUGUAUGGGCGUGGAUGGCGGCAUUCUCCACGUAUACGAUCGCGGGUACGAAAGCAAGAGGUAUGGCGCCGGCGUUUGGCGUAGGGGUGGUUUCGUCGUGGGGUGUCAUUUGGGUGGGGACGAUCUUGGUGGUUCACGAUGCCCAGACAGAGUUUAAGAGGAUCGAGAGGAGGAGCAGGGUGCUGGAGAAUGAAAGGGAGGGAGAUGAGACGGGAAGUGCACAGGCGAAUGGUUCUCACGACCAUGUACUCGAUUCCACAGCAGACGAAACUGCCGAGAACAUCGGAAAUGGACACUCUCGGGAACUGAAAGGUACUAUUUCUGGUCAGCAAAAAGAGUAUUUCUGGCAGUCGUAUCCUACCCACGACUUCCGCCAACGACUCAACUGGGUCCUCGACAUCUUCAGCAACUUCCGCGGCGUAGGCUGGAAUUGGAGACCUGCCAGCAUACCUCCCCCGCCGUCCUUCAUCCAGGCCCAACUCACCGCGCCAUUCAUCGACUACAAACCCCAUCCAUCCCCCUCCCACAUCUCGCACCACCACCACCACCAUCGAUCCCACAAUCCCCGUCACCCACCCACACCAGUCCUCACCCGCCGCACCCUCCUCCUGCAAAACCUCAAACUCUUCCUAACAGGCUACCUCAUCAUCGACGCCCUCAAAACCCUCAUGAACCACGACCCCUACUUCUGGGGCCACCUCUCCUCCCCUGCACCCUCCUACCUCCCCACCCUCCCUCCCAUCCUCCUCCGCACCUACCGCCUAGCCCUAACCCAACUAACCAUCCAAUACACCCUGCAAACCCUCUUCUCCCUCUCACCCCUCCUCUUCUGCGGCCUCCUCAGCAGCAGCACCGGCACCCGCGCCUCACAACCCUGGAUGUACCCACCCACCUUCGGCCCCUACUCCCUCGUCCUCGACCGCGGUGUAGCCGGUUGGUGGGGCCAGUGGUGGCACCAAACCUUCCGCUUUGCCUUCGAUGCCCCCGGGCGCAAACUCGUCGCCUUGUGGGGAUGGCAGCAGCGUUCACGCAAGGCCCGCUUCGUCCGCGUCGUCGUCGCCUUCGCGCUCUCGGGCGUCUUGCAUGCGGCGGGUAGCUUUACGGCGGCGGGAAGGACGAGGCCCGUGGGUCGGGCGAUGCUGUUUUUCGUCUUGCAGCCUGUUGGGUUGGGUGUUGAGGCGACGGAGAGCCGCCGUGGCGGGCAUGUACAUGUACAUGUACAUGUACCUAGGGCAUGGAAGAGGGUAUGCAGGUGGUUGUAUGUGCAUGCGUGGUUCUACCUCACGGGACCUCUGCUGUGCGACGAUUUCGCUACGAGUGGCGUGUGGUUGUUCGAGCCGGUGCCCGUGUCGUUGUUUCGUGGUUUGUUGGGUUGGGGCGUCGAGGGGGAUGGGGUGUGGUGUUGGGGGAGAGGACGUUGGAAUGGGGAUGCAGGAAGAGGCAUGGUGUGGUGGCAUUCGGGUGAGCGGUGGUGGAUGAGUGGGUUUGCGUGGUAGGCUGGGGAAUGUAGCCCAUGUCCCUCUCCCUCUCUCUCAGAUCGAGCAACCCUCACACCCCACCACCUCCAUCUAAUAGUAAAGUCUCUUCGGCGGAGCAAAGAGGAGUCAGUAGUACAUGAUAUCAAACCCCGUCAAUAUGCAAUAUUUCC